AUGGGCGAUGAGUCAUCAGAAUUUGAAGCUUUGCGGCAAUUCAUUAGAGCUGUUGAUCCUCAACAUGUACUCAGCAUUGGCUACAAUGUGCCUAUGCGGGGAAAUCCCUGCAUGCAUAAGUUGAAGGGUGUGAAAUGCAACUCACAGGGUACCUCAGUAACGGAAAUCAGGCUUGAAAAUCUGAAUCUUAGGGGCAUACUUGAUGUAGAUUCACUAUGUAAGCUCCCAAAUCUUCAAUAUGUUAGCUUAGCAAGAAACCAAAUCCGGGGAACUAUUUCUAACUCAAUAGUGCACUGCACAAGGCUAACCUAUUUGAAUCUAAGGAGCAAUUUUUUGAGUGGGAGGAUACCUAAAAAGGCUCUGAGUAAAAUGAAAGAUCUAAGGAGAUUGGACAUUUCUGACAAUCAUUUUACUACCACCAGCCCACUUUUGAAAGAGGAAUUUCAGCAUUAUACAUAUGUGAAGAAAUCAAGGAGAUUGCAGAGAAAUGAUGCCUUGAAAAACCAGGAAAAGGCUAUGGAGUCGGUGACCAUAAUGGCAGCCUCAGAUAGCCCAACUAUUGGGAAUCCUAAACCUCCCGGUAAAUCGUGGUACAAGAGAUACAAGUUCAUGAUACCAUUAGUUGUUGGGAUUGGCUUCUUUCUCUUGUUCACAUACUUUGCAGGGAGGAAGGCGGCGAAGUUAGCUGCAGAUAGGGAGAUUAUGAAGUCGCUUCGAGACUCACCACACAAAAUGCCUCUUCCUAAGAUUCAAGAGGAAGAGAAGCCAUUAGAAAAUUGCUCAGAGCUUGUGUUCUUUGUUGAAGAACACGAGAGCUUUAAAUUGGAGGACCUCCUUGAAGCCACAGCUGACUUGAGAAACCAGACCUUUCGCAGCAGCCUUUACAAGGUAAUACUCAAGAACAAUGCUCUAUACGCAGUCAAAAGGUUGAAGAAAUUGCAGGUACCCUUUGAGGAGUUUGGCCAAACAAUGAGACAGAUAGGGAACCUAAAGCAUCCAAACAUUCUACCUCUUAUUGGUUACAAUUCUAGCAAUGAAGAAAAACUUCUGAUCUACAAGUUUCAAACCAAUGGAAGUCUGCUAAACCUGCUUGAGAGCUACAUAGAGGGUACGAGGGAUUUUCCAUGGAGGGUUCGGCUAUCCAUAGCGCGCGGCAUUGCAAGGGGCCUAGCCUUCAUAUAUCAGAGAUCUGAUGAGUGCAUCCCUCAUGGGAAUCUCAAGCUCUCAAAUAUCCUCUUGGAUGACAACGGGGAACCCCUAAUUAGCGAAUACGGGUUUUCAAGAUUCUUCGACCCCAAGAAAGGAUGUGUCAUUUCCUCCAAUGGUUACACAGCCCCUGAGAAAAUGUUAUCAGAAAAGGGUGAUGUUUAUAGCUUUGGAGUGAUCCUUCUGGAGUUGUUAACAGGCAAAACAGUGGAAGGAACUGGUAUAGAUCUUCCUAAGUGGGUCACUGCCAUGGUUAAGGAAGAAUGGACAGGAGAGGUUUUUGACAAGGAGGUUGCUAAAGCUGCAAAAGAAUGGGCCUUUCCUCUGCUCAACAUUGCCCUAAAAUGUGUAUCAGCUUCCCCCACAAACAGGCCAACUGUGGCAGAAGUUUAUGAGAGGAUUGAAGAGGUUAUGCAUGACAAUUCGAAUUCAUCGGAUUGCACAACCGAGUGCGGCACCUAUCAAGACAACUGCUGCAUGCUUCACUCCAUCAUACCUGAGACCUGGGACAGUCCUGGAUCAAAUUACUAG